AUGUCGCUGAAAAGACGCAGUAGUCGUAUUGGGCCUGAAGAGGACGUGUCGUUCAACUCACCCAAUGGAUCAAGCUUCGAGGUUAACAAGGUCCCAAAUAAGAUUAAUACAUCUUCCAGAGAAACAAUAACCACCUCCACGCUGGAAAAAUAUAUCCCUCCAUGGAGUGAGCCGUACAUCAUUGGUGUAGCAGGAUACAGUGGUAGUGGGAAGACGUCUGUCUCGCAAAAGAUCAUUCAUGAAUUGAACCAACCAUGGACAGUUCUUUUAUCAUUUGAUAACUAUUAUAAGCCACUUACAAAGGAAGAAUCAGCGAAGGCUUUCAAUAAUGAAUAUGACUUUGAUACUCCCCAAUCAUUGGAUUUAGAUAUCUUGGUGGAACACUUGAAUGCCUUGAAACGAGGUGAAAAAGUCGAUAUCCCCAUAUAUUCGUUUGCUGCACAUAAUCGUACUGACAAAGUCGAAACCAUCUAUGGAGCCAAUGUGAUUAUUAUUGAAGGGAUCUAUGCAUUGUAUGAUGAAAGGCUUUUGAAUAUGAUGGAUCUAAAAGUGUUUGUGGAUACAGAUUUGGAUGUUUGUUUAGCUCGUAGAUUGACAAGAGACAUUUUAUAUCGUGGACGGGAUUUAUCUGGUUGUCUAAAGCAAUGGGAACUGUUUGUCAAACCUAAUCUGGUUAGAUAUGUUAAGCCUACUAUGAUGAAUGCUGAUUUGGUUAUCCCAAGAGGCUCACUGAAUGAAAUAGGUAUCAAUUUGAUGAUUCAACACGUUCAAAAGAAAUUAGCAUUGAAAAGUGCAAUUCAUUUACAGCGGUUACACCAAUUAGGGAAGCAAUAUGGAUUGGAUACCAGUCAUGUAACAACUUUACCAAACACAAACUAUCUCAAAGGUUUGCAUUCUCAAUUGCUUAGUCUGGAAACUGAACGGAGUGAUUUUAUAUUCCAUUUUGAUAAGAUGGGAAUAUUAUUAUUAGAAAUGGGUUUAAAUAAGCUUGGACCUCGGAACUAUUCAGAGAAACAAGUUAUUACUCCUCAAGGGUACCAUGCCAAAGGUGUUGGUUUCGAACAGGAGUUGAUUGCUGUGAGUAUUAUCCGUAGUGGAGAUUGUUUUAUGAAUGCCAUCAAGAAGACAUUGAAUGAUGUCCCCAUUGGUAAGCUAUUGAUUCAAAGUGAUACCAGUACAGGAGAACCGCAAUUACAUUGUGAUUCAUUACCAUCAUAUGAUAGGUCCAUGAACCAACAAAUUUUCCUUUUCGAUAGUCAGAUCAUAAGUGGGGCUCAAUUGAUUAUGGCUAUUCAAGUGUUAAUAGAUCAUAAUUUUCAUCAAGAAAACAUCACUAUUAUCACUUAUUUAUCAACAGAAAUUGGAUUGAAACGUAUAACGAACGUGUUCCCCAAUUUGAACCAGGUAAUCAUAGGUAAAUUGUCCAAUGGAGAAUGCCAGCAUAAUGAAGAGGGUCUCAAAGAUACAGACUGGAACUUUAGAAACAGGUUCAUAGAUAGCUUAUACUUCGGAACAGGUUAA